AUGAAAUUGUUUUAUUUUCUCAAUCUUAUCUUUAUUAUCGCUUUUAUAAGCGAAAUCAAAAGUAUUCAAGAAAUUGAUUCAACCUUUGAACCAAUUCGUGACACCAGAUUCCUGGUUUUUACAAGAUUUAAUCCUACGAUUGGUCAAGUUGUUGAUUUGACAAAUAUGAACACAGUUAUAAAUUCAAAUUACGAUGUCAAUCGUCCAACAAGAUUUAUUAUUCAUGGGCAAUUUGGCAGUGAUCAAAGUGAAUUGAAUAUUCUUGUUACAGCUGCUUACCUUCGUAGUUCUGAUGUUAAUGUCAUCGUUGUUGAUUGGAGUGUAGGCGCGGACACAAUAAAUUAUGUGGCGGCUAGAAAUCGAGUCAGACCUGUAGGAGCUGUUGUUGCUACGUUCAUUGACAAUCUGCAUGCAGCGAAUUUAAUAGAUUUUAGUCGUAUUGUUAUUGUAUCGCAUAGUCUCGGUGGACAUGUCGGUGGAUUUGUUGGAAAAAACGUUAGACGUGGCAGAAUUAACACAAUCUUUGGAUUGAACCCUGCUGGGCCAUUAUUUGAUGUCAAUAAUCCAGCAGACAGAUUGGACUCAACUGACGCAGAAUAUGUUGAAGUUAUUCAUACAGAAUCAGGAACCUUUGGCAUUGGAACUCCUAUUGGACAUGCAAAUUUUUACAUUAAUGGAGGAACAAAUCAACCGGGAUGUUUCACUAACACUUGUGAUCAUAAUCGUUCAUUUGAACUUUUUGCUGAAUCUUUAAAUUCUAAUCAAUUGUUGGGGAGACAAUGUAGUAACAUAGAUGAGAUGAAUAGAAAUGAAUGCAAUGGACCUGUGCAUAGCUUGGGUGGUGAGCCGACAAACGCACAAAUUAAUUUACGAGGAAUUUUCCGACUGGCGACUGCUUCUUCUUCACCUUUUGGUCUGGGCCCUCCAGUAUAAUCAUAAAAAACAUAAAUUUUAGCGAAAAGCUCAUAAAUUUCAAGCUCGAAGAAAAAAUCCUUUGAAAAAGUUUAAGUUUUUACCAGUAAAAAGACAAACGAAAAAAG